AUGCGCUGGAGCCCGCAACACAUCGCAGAUUUCGCGGGCGAUGGAGCGCGCGUUUACGGAGCGCGCGGUGGGGAGGCAGGAGGGGAUAAUUGUGUCCGACGUAUCGAGCUUCGCUGGGGUAUUCUUGCGUAUUUUGCGCCGGAGAGUGUGCUGAGGAAACAGAGGGAACAUUGGGAUCUGGCGGUGGAGAAAAUAAAUCGAAGACUGGAGAGAGAAAUGUCGAGACCUGAUAUCAUCUCCCUGAUCAAACGCGAUGAAGAUGCGAAAGAAGGAUUGACGAUUCAGGAGUUGCAAGCGACAGCUAGCGUCAUCAUUGUUGCCGGAAGCGAAACGACAGUGAGUGUCCUGAGCGGCAUUACAAAUUAUCUCGUGAACAACCCCGAGAAACUCACUCUUCUUACCUCUGAAAUCCGCGAAAAAUUCCGAGAAAGAAGAGGAAAUAUCAAUUGCCACGCUGAAAGAAACCACCUAUCUAAACGCAGUCUUUCAAGAAGGAUUCCGCCUCUGCAAUCCCACGUAAGAAACCCAUUCUGCCCCUUCCAUAUCCCCAACCUAACAAUGCACAGUCCAGUCGGUCUCCCACGUUUGGUACCUCGAGGCGGCGGCCGAGUAUGCGGACACCACCUCCCAGAAAACAUAUUCGUCAACGUGCAUCCCCAAUCUAUCUCUUUCUCGGCGGAAUAUUUCCACAAGCCGUCUGAAUUUCACCCGGAGAGAUGGCUCUCAGCAAACGAUCCCUCGUCUCCUUUUUACAGCGACAAUCGCAAUGCAGUGCAAGUUUUGGGCGUGGGUCCACGCUCUUGUAUUGGGAGACCUCUGGCGAUGGCGGAGUUGCAACUGGUGCUUGCGAGAAUGGUGUGGAGGUUUGAUUUGGAGAAGGUGGAUAGUGUGGCGGGGAAUUUAAAAUGGGAGGAGCAGAGAGUUUUCACGGUUGUAGAGCGGAAACCUUUGGAACCCAUGACCGAAUGA